CAAUUCUAUCUCUCUGUAAGUAUAUAUAAGACCUCUCUCUGUACUAUAUUCUCCACCGUCACUCUCUUUUCAUGAGAUAACCCAGAAGGUGAGGAAGAAGAUAACCUAGAAGGUGAGGAAGAAGAUAACCUAGAAGGUGAAGAGAAAGGAUCCGAAGAGCAUACAAACUGUGUGGUCCCGAGAGAUCAAAACCCCCUUUUCUUCCCUGCCAAUAUUCGGCUAUUUCAGGUAGUUAUUGGUGCAAAAGUUGUAAACUGAUGGUAUCUGUAAGUUUUGAGUUCUGGAACACGUACUCGUGUGUUCUUACUAGGGUUCCCAUCUCUCUCUGAUGACAGUGGCCAAGAUGCUACUGUAGUUGGUGCUAGCAAUAUUCCUUGGUGAUGUCAGAAGCUUCACUUGCUGAACCGAAAUCUGCUGAAUAUUACAUUUCUGAAGUUCAACGUAUUUUCCGCCAAAAUGAUUGUAGCCAUGUUUCGGUGGUUGAAGAACUUGGUGCAUUUUUUUCCGACAGCUUUAGGCCUGGUCUUUCACACAUCUCUUUGAAAAAUUUGAAGACAUGUCUCAAGCAAGGUGUCACUGACCUAAGCAAGGAAGUUGAUCAGAUGGUGGAGCCUGUUUUAGGUAUGCACAAGAUAACAUCGUCCUUAAAAGACAAGGAACGUGGGGUUGUCAGCUCACUUCCAUCUAAGAAGCAAAAAUCAUCCUCUUCUUCCACUCCAAUAAGUACGCCUACAUGUAGUGAUUCCUCCAUUGGCCCCCAAUCUUCUACGCAGGGAUCAGGUUCAGACACAGUUGUGUCCGAUGAAAGUGGCCGCAAGGGUGGGAAGGGAAAAAGAUGUAGUAAUUGCAGCUCACCAACGACACCUCAAUGGAGAGUUGGACCCAGUGGGGCUAAGACUUUGUGUAACGCUUGUGGGAUCAGAUACAAAAAACAGAAAGCUGCGUCAGAUGCCAAAGGUGCUGAGGAAGACACAGAAUCUGUGAAUGAUUAUUUACUUACUCUUCUGGAGGAUGGUGGAAUGCAAGCUAAGGCAGCCUUGUAUAAACAUAAUGAUGAAUUAGCUAAACAGCUAGAACACAUGGAGCAGAAGCUCGAAGAAGUUCUUGAUAUUGUAGUGUCCAAGUGCAGACAAAUGAACAUUGUCGAGAAGCAACAGCUUCGGAAUCUGAUUCAGACUCUGUCCCCAAAAAAUCUAGAUCGAGUUGUACAAAUUAUCAAACGUAGAAAGCUACCAAAAGGUGGACAAUCGUUUUACGAGCUGAACAUUGAUCUGGAUAAGGAGGAUAAUGGAACACUUUGGAGAUUGUACUAUUACGUGCGAGCAGCUGAAAAUGCUAAACGGCUUUCACUAGCGGAACUGCAGCAAGGAAAGGUCGUGGUGAUAAACUAAGAUGACGAUGGAAGUAAGUGAAGUAUUUUGAGUCACUUAGUGUGUGGGUCGCUUUCUAACUUGUCCGGUGUCCAACAUAGAUUAGCCGAAAUAGGGGGAAUUCAAGAGUCAAUAGUCAAUGCCCAAAAUUUUGGUCGAUUGGGUAAAAAGCAAUUUCAGGUAAUUUUGUAUAUUUGGCUCCUGACGGUGAAAGAUGCAAUUGCCCAAUAUUUUGUUUUCAUUGGGUACGAGCAGUCCAGUGGAGUGCUAUUUGCCCAAUCUUUUGUUCAAUUGGGUAUAUGCCAAUACGAGGUAACUUUUAAUGUUGGGCUCUUGACAGGGUAGGUAAAAUUGUAAAUGGAAAAUAAAUAAAUACACGUGCUGGAUCUUUGUUUCCUUUGA